ACAGAGUCCAGAUAUCACCAGCGGCAGGCAACUGAUUCAGUGAAAAGCUGCUUCGAAAAAGGACAAAACACUCAUCAAGUAAAGAUGACGUUUUCAGAUGACUUGACCGCUGCAGCAGAAGAUAUCUAUGUUCAUAGAACUUCAACCACUGAGCCUAGUGAAACUUCUCCCAGUAUGUCCAGUGGUCGAACUGAACAGUUCUCUAGUUUCAGUUCUCCUGAUUUGCCAGCUGCGAUUCGAACAGCAUUUGUGUUGGGGGAAGCCACACCAGUAGAGCACCCUUUUAGUGCUGUGAAACGUGAACAACAGAAAAAAUGGCUUGAAGAGCUUGAUAAGCAAAAGGAAGCUGACAAGCUGCGAAAAAUGGAAGAAAAAUGUAAUUUUUCCAAGGGUGAAGAGCAUGACAGGUGGACAAUACAUUUUGAUUCUUUCAAGAAUCAUAUGAAUUCGUUUACACAAUAUCCUUUAAAUACAACAUUUCAAAAGACUCCUGAGGCUGUACAACUCUCCCAGGACUCCCAGGACCAAACAGCUUGUACAUCUGCAGCUUUGUCUCAUCUCACACCUACAGAGGUGGAGAUUCCAGGAAAAGCAAUUGGAAACCAUAUUUCAGAGCCAAAUCAAAAAGCCAGUUUCCUUCGUUCAAUGACUGCUCUUCUGGAUCCUGCUCAGAUUGACGAACGAGGGAGGCGACGACAAAAACAAUUAGAGCAUCAGAAAGCCAUAAUGGCACAAGUGGAAGAAAAGCGGAAAAAGAAAGAGAUGGAAGAAGAACAAAGAAAACUGGAAGAACAAGAAGAAGAGUGCCGGCUUGCUAGAGAACAAGAAUUGAUGAAGAAGCAGUUUGAAGAAGAUCUGCUGAAGCAGAAACAAAAAGAGGAAAUCAUGACCCUUAAAACAAAUGAGUUGUAUCAAACAAUGCAGAGAGCUCAAGAAUUAGCUCAAAGAUUAAAGCAGGAGCAGCGAAUUAAAGAUUUGGCUCAGAAAGGGCAUGAUACUUCAAAACUGCAGAAGAAUCUCAGUGGUUGUGAUGUACCAAAAGAGAAUAAUUACGCUGACAUGAAUGGGGUUUUAGAGACUCAUGAUCAUUAUAAGCACUGUCUUGCAGAGAAUAGCAGCAAAGGAAAUGAGAGAGACAAAACGACUUCCUCUCCUCGGAAAGACACAGCUGUGCAGACAGAGGUUGCAGUCACUGAUUUGUACACUGAUUCUGAAAUUUCCCCUACGCCAGUUGGGGAAGGAAGAAUGGACUGUGCGUCUCCAGAUGUUGCUGUAGAAUAUAAAAUGGACAAUAAAAGAAGUAAGAAAGAAGCACAAUAUCUAGAUAAAAAGAUUUCAGAAAAAGAGAAUAUUAUCAGCUGUUGCAAUCGCUAUGAACAGUGUUCUCAAAAGCAGAAACAUCCCAAGGCAGUGGGAAAAAAUGGGAAAAGGCUGGACUGGAACAUAAACAAACCUUGCAAAAGAUACAUUCCAGCCUCUGAGAAAUAUCCCAGACUCCAGCAAAAGCAAAGGGAAGAAAAGAAAGCACAGCGACAAAUGGCACUGCUUCAGUUGGUUGAAAGAAACAGCCCUGGCAAUCUUUGCAAGAAAAAAGGAGUUUCUCCAGACAGAUCCCUCUCACCUCGCCAGGACAAUGAGGUCAGAAGUAAGGGAGAGCAAUCUCCAAAAAAUAAUUUCUUUGACCAAAGAUCUGACUCCCCACCUGUUCCAGCAGUUAAAAACAGAUUACACCAACAAAUAAAGACUUCUGAUUUCCCAGUUCAAAAUAGCAAAAAUGGAAGCCAGAAGAGUAUUUCUACAGAUCAGCAUCGGAGCGAAAGGCCUCUUCCAAGUGCUGAAGCUGAAAGGCCUCCUUCAUCUCACUUUGUUCCUUAUGUGCGAACAAAUGAAGUGUAUUACCUUGAUCCAGAUGCACCCUUGACUAGGCCCUCCACGCAUGAACCACAAUACCAGCAGCUGAAUGAUGCUUGCCAUAAACCACGGCAGGUGUUUAGCUCCGAUCACAUAAGGGAUCCUCUUUUUAAUCCUAACAUGGUGAGAGACAGGCAGCAAGCCAUCCUCAAAGGACUUUCAGAGUUGCGACAGACUGGAGAAAUGAUUCAUAGCUGAGAGGAAACUCUGAAUUCUAUACCAUGGGGCCAGGUUACCUGAGGGACCGCCUCUCCCCAAUCACAU